AUGGAAAAAACAGCGUCCUUCGGAUCUUCAUCACCUUUAUUGGUUCAACAAACUUCAUCUCUACUUCAAGACAGACUAAAAUACCUUGUGGAAAGUUGUCUAGGGUGGGUUUAUGCCAUCUUUUGGCAAACUUUUAAAGACACUUAUAACAAUCUUUAUCUUUCCUUUGGAGACUGCUACUUCCGAGGUCUAGAGAACUUUCAACAAUCGCAAGGGACGAGCAGCCUCAACACAGCCUCCGAGUUGAUCAUAGGAUCGGCCUCGCGGUCGUUUGUUCUUGGAGAAGACAUCGUUGGUGGGACGUUUGGUACCGGUUCGUUCGUAUGGUUAGCUGGUGACAAUGCAUUGCAAAUGAAUGGUAGCCAGAGAGCUAAAGAGGUUUCUUUGCAUGGAAUCAGAACGUUGGUCUGUGUUGGGACUUCCUGGGGUGUUGUUGAGUUUGGUUCUUUAGAGGUAUGGAAAGAGGACUGGGGUAUUGUUCAACUUACCAAGUCUCUAUUUAUGUCAGAAAGUGAUGCAGAUAUCAAAGAAAGCCAUCUUCAUCAAGGCCAACCAUCCGCUCAACAAGACUCAUCGUUACUAGAUCUACAAAGCCCUUCCACUUCAACUAGGGAAAACAGGCCAAGGAAGAAGCGCAAAAAGAGUAACCACACCAUAACCGAUCACAGAAACCCUAACUACAAAGACAUGGAGAAAGAGCGCAGGGAUAAGUUAAACCAACGAUUCUAUGCUCUUAGAAGUGUGGUUCCAUACGUUUCAAAGAUGGACAAAGCUUCAUUAUUGGCUGAUGCAGUCACCUACAUCGGUGAACUAAAGUCCAAGAUCGAAACCUUAACUAAGAAAGCCGAGAGCUUGCACUUGAUUGCGGACGAUGGUGCCUCCAUGACCCAAAGCCAUUUGUCUACUGACUGUAUGGUUACUGAGAGCCAAGUUGAGGUUAGAAUAGUUGGAUCACAAGCUGUAAUUCGGGUGCAAUCUUCGGAAGUUAACCAUCCGGCAGCGAGACUAAUGGAUGCUAUGAAAAACUUAGAGAUUAAGGUUCAUCAUGCGAGUGCAGCCAACAUCGGCAACUUGAUGAUUCAAGAUGUUGUAGCUCAGAUUCCUGAAGGAUUUCCAAACGAUGAGGGAUUAUUGCAAACUAUAAUUUUAAAGUAUUUGUAA